AGAAAUCACGCUCGCCUUGUGCUGUUUAUUAUGGAUUUAUAGACUAGAAAAACGCUCGACCGGUGGACAGAAAGGAAAGAAAGGGAACAGUGGAACAGGGAACAGUUGUUCCGUUUUCGAGAUAUUCUCGUCCAAACCACAUUUUUUGCUCGUAAAUAGUGAAGUUUGUCUGGAGCGCGUAUCCAGCUGCUGAGAUGAUGGAGAGGAUGAGCGCUCAGAGGGAAGUUUUCUCUCCAGACAUCCAAAUAAAGAGAGUCUCGCCGACCCGAUUAUCAAACUACAGAAAAACAGCUCUCAAAGCAAAGUACUGGCGAAAGUGUCCUUCACUGUGAAGCGGAAAUAUGAUGCUGCGCGCGAGAUCUACUUGUGCGUAAUGGACACAUAACAUCAGGAGGAGCCUCUCAGCAGACAGGCUUGUAUUGCCGUAGCAAUGAUUGCAACAGGUGGGGUGAUCACGGGGCUCGCUGCAUUGAAAAGACAAGACUCCACCCGCUCUCAGUAUCAUCUGCCAACCCAGAGCCCCACCUCUGCACCUGAGAAGAAAUGCACUAAGCGUAAACCCAGAGCUGAUGUGGUGGUGGUGAGAGGGAAGAUCAGACUGUAUUCGGCCUCAGGAUUCUUCCUGGUUUUGGGAGUGCUGAUCCUCCUGGCAGGUAUUGCAAUGGCUGUUCUAGGAUACUGGCCUCAUAAGGACCACCAGAAGGCACCAGAAAGCAAGUUGUCUGUGAACAAUACGCAGGUUGGCCGAGAGCAAGUGGGCUCCAUUGCGCAAUUCUUGGAGCAGCACCUGCAUUCAGAGAAGAUGAAAAUGUUGGGUCCUUUCACAAUGGGAAUUGGGAUUUUUAUCUUUAUUUGUGCUAAUGCCAUCUUACACGAGAACAGGGAUCAUGAGACAAAGAUCAUCCACAUGAGGGACAUGUACUCGACUGUCAUAGACAUUCACAGCCUGCGGAUUAAGGAGCAGAAGUGUACAAACGGGGCCUACAUGGGUCCCUAUGCGGACACAGAGAUCCAUUCCUUCGGUCUGGACAGUCAGUUUGCCUCACGGCUCACAGCAAACACACUAAUGUCCUUCUCUGGUCUCGAUGGGGACGUCCGAUUCUCCCACAGGACCAGCUCAGCUGAGGAUGAUGAGGGUCUAAUGAGUGAGGCCAGAGGCGGAUUAGGCCUGUUGUCGCCUACCUACAGAGACCGCUCUGAAUAUAUCUUUGGUUUCCACGAUGAGGGUAUUCGUCGGUGGGAGGACAAACGUGGCGCACUUAAGAAAUGCCAAACACGCUCCAUCGUUUCCUCUUCCAUCAGCGCCUUCACACUGCCUGUCAUCAAACUCAACAACUGCGUCAUCGAUGAGCCUGACAUUGAUAGCAUCAUGGAAGACUUAGAGCCGGACAGGGUCCACUCCAGACCUCCAUCAAUGGAAUCUUUAACAGUCCCUGUUCCCUACAUUGCCAAAGCUUUCAAGCCUCCGGGUGGCCACUUGCUCCGGAGCAACUCAGCCACUGAAUCCCCGAGUCCUGCAUCAUCCCAUUCUUCACUGUCUCCUAGAUCCACCAGUGGUAGGUUCCUGUCCCCGGGAGCGGCACGUAAAGACUUCGGCUCCAAUAACUCCCUCCACAUGUUCUCAGCCCAUUCUAAAUCUCUGGAUUUAGAGAGAGGGCCCACAAUGCUGACUGUCCAGCCUGAACAGAGGAAACACCCGAGCUGGCCCAGAUUGGACCGCAGUAAUAGUAAAGGAUACACCAAACUGGAGAACAAGGAGGACCCUAUGGACAGGCUAAUAGUCCCCCCGGUGGCCGUGAAAAAGGACUACACUAAAAAGGAGAAACUUCUUAUGAUCUCCAGGUCUCACAAUAACUUGAGCUUCGAGCAUGAUGAGUUUAUGAGCAGCAGUUUGAAGAGAGGCACCUCAGAGACUAGAUUUUAAAACUGAGCUAGGGCCUUAUUUAUAAAGCUUGUGUAUGCUCAGAUUUGAUCUUAGAGUGUGCGCACCCUUAAAUCCACACCAACACUCAUAUCUGU